AUGAAUCUAAGAAAACUGGAUGUGUUAGAGGCCACACAGGAAAUGAAACUUCAACUGGAAGUAUCCUUGAACUCUCCGUUCAUUUUAGAUCAACUGAACUGUUCAACGAGUACCCUGAAGCUCGUCCCUGACUGGCUGCCGGAGGACGCAGAGGCGACUGUCUUCUCCACAUCUCCGGUUUACUUCGACUUUAUGGCCCCCGCUGACAUCGCCAGCCUGGACUUCCGACUCGUCUUUACAUUUGAUGAAACCGUUCGGGAAAUCCCAUUGAGGCUACCGAAUCCAAGUGAGUCCCCCACGGGCAUUACCUAA